AUGGCGUUCCCGUACGGGCCCAGCGACUGGGCGCCCGACCUUGAGAACGCGCUCGCGGCCACUGACCAGCGCUCGAAGAGCCGCAAUCGGGCGAAGCGACUGUACCAUCAAAAGCGCACCCUCCUCGACGAGCUCCAGCGAAAUGUCGACGCCCUGGAGAGCGAGUACAGCCGUCUGCUCGCGUGCCACCACGAGCGAGACGCCCACCCGACCCCUCAGGCAGCAGCAGCUCGUGAUUCGAAGAGCGCCGUCCAUCGCGCGUACGUGCAGUUGGCGCAGCUGAAGCACGCGCUGGUCCAGGAGAACGAGGAGCUCCAGCGGCUCCACGCGGCGAAUAUGGCACGCGAGCAGCAGAUUGAGCAGUUUGCAGCUGCGCAGAAGAAGAGUCAGCUGCUGAUGGAGCAAGCGCAGGCGUACAAGCGGCAGCAUCCCGAGCUCAAGGUGCACCCGCUGUCGGAAGCCCAGUGCGCAGACAUUGCUCGGCGGUCGUACCAGGAGAUCCAGGCGUUUCGGGAGAGCGACACGUGCUUUUCCACGGGCACGAGCGUACUGGGCUGGCGAGACCGCCACGUGCUGCGGCAGAACAAGCUCAUGUUUUCGCUCGAGAAGACGUUUCACGGACGGGCGACGGCCAUGAUGGCGCGCAACCUCUGGGACAUUUUGUCGUUGCCAGAGCCCAUUGUCAUUAUGCGUCCACGGGAUGCACGAGUGCAUUUCCACGUUGUCCAGCGACUGCAUGACGACGCGGUUAUUUACUACUACACGCUCGAGCGCGAGGACACGGACAUUCGGAUUCGGGCCUUCAUCUUGGCCAUGCGUGUCGACCUUGGCCCGAAAGGCUGUAUGGUCAUUCUGCGCAGCCUCGACCCGAAACUGUACCUCCAGCAAGACGGCGACUGCACGACAGCGCCCGUUCGCCGCGGCCGUCGGAAAGUCGAGCCGCACAUGGAGAACUUCUGGCUCGAUGUGUUUGUGUGGAGCUUCUACGAGUACGCGGGGGACAAUCUCGAAGACUGCAAGCAAACGUUUGGGGGCGAAAUCGAAGGCACGACGCUCGCGAGCACGGGAUGGUGGUCGAUUGAGAUACUGGAGAUGGCCCUGCGCAUGGAAAACCGAGGGAUUGGAUCGUGGGGGCUACUGCAAUGGUAA